GCUCAUUGGAUGAUUGUAAAUAAAUACUUAGAACUAUCACGAUUUCCAGAGGUCAGAGGGAGACAGGUAUGGUCCAGAGUUGCGAUGAUACGGACGCCGAUACUGUGCCCUCCAAUCAAUGCCAGCAAGACCUUGCUCUAUGGGUUGAGCGAAAGUCGAUGGUGGAGCGAUCGAGGAAAGUGCGAGUCCUCUGUUGGAUCUUGACAAUGCCGGAUAACCACGAGAAGAAGGCCAAGCACGUGAAGGCAACAUGGGGGAAGCGAUGCGAUCAAAUUGUAUUUAUGAGCACCAAGAAAGAUCCAUCAUUGCCCUCCGUGGCAUUGAACGUGAAGGAAGGUCGGCAGUAUCUGUCAGACAAGUCACAUGCGGCCUGGAAAUACGUGUACGAGCAUCACCUCAACGAUUCGGACUGGUUCCUGAAAGCAGAUGAUGACACCUACGUCGUCAUGGAGAAUCUCCGCUACAUGCUACUCAAGCACGAUCCUUUGAAACCUGUUUACUUUGGCUGUCGUUUCCACGGUUUCAUGAGUGGAGGAGCAGGUCAGGAUGGACAU